AUGUAAUAAAAAUUAAGAUUAUUCACAUACUUUAGAUCAUCCACCUCACACAGAAUCAGAAUUGUUUUAAACCUGAAGGAGAUUGAUUAUGAGCCAAAAUUCAUUAAUCUCCUCUCAAGUGAACAUAAAUCUGAAGAUCAUAGCCAAGAAUUGCCAAAUUAGGCUGUUCCUGCUUUACAUCUUCCAGAUGGUACAAUUUUAAUCGAGAGCAUGGCAAUUGCAGAGUAUUUAGAUGAUGUGUACCCUGAAAAGAGGCUGUUACCAUAAGAUCCUGUAUUGAAGGCCAAGGUUAGAGGCUUUUGUGAACUCAUUAACUCAGGAAUGCAUCCAUAUCAGAAUCUAAUUUUGUUUGAAUGGAUAGAAAAGUAUGUAGAAAAAUUUGACAGAGUUGAAUUCGUUCAAAAUGUGUUAAAGAGUGAAUUUUAAACUCUUGAGAAAUUAUUAUUAUAGAAUCAUGGUAAGUACUCUUUUGGAGAUGAAAUCACUUUGGCAGAUUGUUUCUUAGUUCCAUAAGUUAUGGGAGCUAUUGCAAGAUUCAAGUUAGACAUCACCUUAUUCCCAACAAUUCAAGAGGUAUAUAAUAACUUGAAAGACUUACCAUCAUUUUAUAAAGCAUAACCAGAUUAAUAACCAGACUUUAAAUGAUAUUUGAGUUAUUAAUUAUAAUACAUAAUCAAAUUAUAAAUAUUUGAUACAGA